AUGGUCGUGCUUACCGACAGCUCACCCUGGAACAAGGCAAUCGCCGCACGAAACCAACGCACCUCCCCGCUGCUCAAGCUACCCGAUGAACUACGGAAUCGGAUCUACGGUUACGUACUCGGAAACCGAACGUGGGAUGUCGGCUAUUGCCAUGAGAAGCGAGAUUGUGAAGACAAAGUCUACGAGGUGUUCCGGUUAUACGAGAAUUUCCGACUAUACGAGAAGUUCCGACUAUACGAGGAGACCGAGCCAAACCACUAUAGAACGAAGUCUUCCUUCGGCUCACCUUUGCUGGAAGUGUCGCGCCAGAUACACUCAGAGGCAUGGCUACUCUUCUUUUCACACAGUAAAUUCGCGGCCAGACGCUCUAUGUCAUUCUUCUUGUGGUUGGAGUCACUGCCUGAUGUUGCGCGGCUUGCGAUAUCCUCGGUCGACUUGGGCGACAUAAGACUCCCUAUACAAAUUGAAGGCGACAGCAUCGUUGUAUCCGUAUACGAUGCCUUAUACCCCCGCACGUCCUUUUCUCCCAUCGAUGUCCAGCAAAGACCAGCGAGCGACUCAUCUUGGGAUCACGACAUCUUUGACUCCCUAGGUGAUCUAUAUCGGAGGCUGCCCGGCCUGAAGAAUCUUCACCUCACAGUCAAUCUGGUACACGGUUCUCAGCUCGCGAGUCAUCAGCUUCUCGACAGCCUAUAUAUUGGAAUCUCGGACGAAGAGGUCAAGGCUAAUCUGCGCCUAGAGCUAGCGAAGAUUUUCGCGCUCCCUGAUGUACACGUCAACGCAGACUUGAUUCUUCCCCAAAUAUAG